AUUGAAGAAUGGAAACCAAGAACAGUGCGCAAACAAACGACCAGGGAAAAUAUUCCCCACACAACCAUUUCUGAGUAUUAUAAACGUGCAAUUACUCUUCCUCUACUAGAUCAUUUGCAAUCUUCUUUAGAAUCACGAUUCGACCUUGAGAGUGUGAAUGUCUAUAAAGGCCUUAGCAUUGUACCGACGAAAAUGAUGUCCAUGACAAGAGAUGGGGUGGAUUGGAAAGAGCCAUUCAAAACUGUGGCUAACUUUUAUUAUGAUGAUUUGCCAAAUCCUUUGGCCUUAGAUGCUGAACUUAGGUUGUGGUACACUUAUUGGGAGACCCACUGCGGCCUCCUUCCUGAUAACAUUGCCCAGACUUUAAAAUCUGUUCAUUUCGCCGGAUUUGAAAACAUUAAAAUUUUACUACGUAUUUUAGGAACGCUCCCCAUUACCUCUUGUGAAUGUGAACGAUCUAUUUCUUCCCUUAGGACACUUAAAAACUAUCAGCGAAGUACCAUGGUUGGGGAACGCUUAAAUGGUUUGGCCUUGAUGCAAAUUCAUCAGGAAAUUGUACCAGAUAUUGUGUUCCUAGGCAUGCUGAUGAGCCCUGAUAUGGGGCUAAACAGUCUUGUGUGCAUUCAAUAUUCUGAAUAGU